AUGGCUAAAUACGAUAUUGACCAAUUGAUUGAGCUACGUGAGACUGCACACGUCCCAACUUCAGUCGACUUUGCUGAAUUCACCAGAGCCAUCUUGGAGCAAAGAGAAAGACAACUAGCUACUAACUCUUAUUUUAGAUUCCAAACUGGUCGUAGAAGAUCAUCACAUCUAGGUGUUAGACCAAAAUUCAAAACUCAUCGUCCAAAACGUGCACCAGCUCCACAACCAGAUGCUGAUGGUUGGGUCACUUUAGAUAAACAUAAAAAAUCAUUUGGUAGUGAGGAAGUUUCUGAAAAGCAAAAAUUUACUGAAUCUUUAAAAGAUACACAAGUUAAAGUUCGUCCAAAUAAUAAAAACAUUUCAUCUAGUAAGCCUGCUGAUGCUCGUGAUAUCGCUGCUGAUCAACAAAAAUCUACAUUCAAUGCUUUUGCUGCUUUAGAUGAUGAUGAUGAAAGCGAAGAA